CAACCACCUACUCAACCGCGCGCAUACAGCCAGGCGUACAUUCCCAACGGCACUCCCUCUCAAGCAUCAGGCCCCGUUCCCGGAGCGACGCCACUUCUCCCUAACCAAGGUCGCGUGGUCCAGGCCGGUGGCGCCAGAGUUCUCUGUAUCGCCGACGUGCGAGGCAAUCUCAGAUCCUUGAACGAACUCGCCCGCAACGCAAGAGCCGACUACAUCAUCCACACCGGCGACUUUGGCUUUUACGACAACACUUCGCUCGACCGCAUCGCUGAGAAGACCCUCAAGCACGUUGCGCAAUACUCUCCCCUCCUGAAUGAUGGCGUCAAGAACGACAUUGCCCGCGCCCCUGCACAGUCGUCGAUCAAGGAGCGCUUCCAACGCGAAGGCCUGCCUCUAUCAGAGCUUCCGCAAUUCUUGAACGGCACCUACACACUCGAGAAGCCCGUUUACACAGUAUGGGGUGCUUGCGAAGACGUCUCGGUCUUGGAGAAGCUGCGCUCGGGAGAAUACAAGAUUAACAACUUGUUCGUCAUCGACGAAUCGCACGCUCGCCUGCUCGACAUUGGAGGUGUGAAGCUGCGUCUUCUUGGUCUCGGAGGUGCUGUUGUCAUGCACAAGCUCUUCGACAACGGCGAGGGCCGUACCACAAUUGCUGGUGGCCAAGGAACCAUGUGGACCACUCUCCUGCAAAUCGGCGAGCUCAUCGACACAGCCAACCGUGUUUACGAUCCUACCGAAACCCGCGUUUUUGUCACCCACGCAUCGCCUGCCCGUGAGGGUCUGCUAAACCAGCUGGCUGUGGCCCUCAAGGCCGACUUCUCCAUCUCAGCUGGACUUCACUUCCGUUAUGGCAGCUCCUACAACGAGUUCAGUGUCAACCCCACACUGGAUCACUACCGCGGCAAGCUCGCCGCAUCAAAGGCAUCCUUCAACGAUGUCUGGGAGACUGUUAAGAGCGAGGUCGAGCCUGCUGUUUCCGAGAACGAGUCACAACAGCGUCUCCUGCACAACGCCCUCGACCUCGUCUCCAAGAUGCCCUCUGUCGCUAACGGCGGCAACCCCUUCGGUGGUGGCUACACUGGUCCUCAGGGUGGUGUUGUAGAUGAGAGCGCCUUCAAGAACAUGUGGAACUUCAACUUGGCUGAUGCCGCUUUCGGCUGGUUGUUGCUUGAUAUUGACCAGGGCAGAAUCGGCACCGAGAUGAAGGCCCAGGGCUUCAACUUCUCGCACCGCGCUGGCAAG